AUCUUAUUAUUACAUUAAUUUUAAACGGAUCAAAGUGACGGUGUGACGUAUUCUUGCUCCUUCAUGUAUUUACAUUAUGUUGCAAAAUACAAACGUGUCACAGCGUGUUUGACGCAGUGUCCAGUUCAACUAACACCAAACUACAGCCUCUAAAAUGACCACAUUUAGCUUAAAUCAUCGUCAAAAUCAGCUGAAUAUGAUCACUGUACACAUGUGUAUGCGCUUGUGUAUUCAUUUAAACUACUUAUUUACUUUAUUUUUUAAAUACAUGUAGUGUUGGGAAAAAUGAAAUGUUUGCCUCUGAAAUGUAGUGGAGCAAAGUAUAUAGAAGAAGAAAAUGGAAAUACAAGUACAGUACAAGUACCUCCUGUACAGAUACCAGUAAUCAAUUAGCUGAUAAACUGUUUCUGCUCCAUUACUGAUGAGUAAUAAAACAUAUAUUUUCAUUAUUGAGGGUUUUAAUUGUAGCAUACUCUUGCUAGUUCCUUAAGAUCACCAAACCCUCGCUUUAAAUUGGUUAAGUUAGUAAAUGUCUGUAAUGUGUUUCAUGACCCUGAUGAGAGCACAAUGAGAUGUUAAAAUGUGUGUCAAAUUUAAAGUCAACCAGAGUUACAGUGUGAAGGAUUUCCAUGAAUUCAUUACAGCGCCACCAUGUGGCUGAUUGCAGUCAUACUUCUUGUGAAGCACUUCCACAUUAAUCUCCUGUUGACCACCAUGAGACCUUAUUUGUACAGUUGUCAACGACGAGAGACAAAUCGUUUUUUAUCCCAUCUAAAAAUUUGCCAUAAAUUACACAUUUGAUGACAUUUGAUUUGAUUAAAUGACAAUUUUGCAUGUCAAAUAUGUGGCAUUUUGUAAUAAACCUUUUGAAGUUCAAGACUGUGAACAUAUGUAAUUAGAAAGAGUAAACAUCCAUUAGUUGAAUAAAUUAUGUCUCUCAGUGAAGCUGUGAUUGUUUCGUACCGGGAUGUACUCACACAAACAACAGGUUGUGAUCGCUUUUUUUUUGCUUUAUGGCUGAAUAAUUAACUCAUCAGGUAAGAUAACGUUACAUUUGUGCAUGGGUACAACCAAGUUACUGAGCCAGCUAGCUAGCCAAGGUGACGGCUUGGUGACAUGUACUGUGUGAGACACCAGAUGUAAAAAAUAAUAACAAACCGACAUAAACUCAGCAGGGGCUUGAAUCUAAUAAUCAACACAUAUUACUAGGGUACUAGACUCAUUUUUAAACCCUUUUGUUAUUCUGCAUCAAUGCACAAUAUUGCACAAAUAUUCACAAUUCUUUUAGCUCUGGUUUGGUCUCAAUGUUCCACUUUCUUCACCAGCUAAAAGCUUUAACUUUGUCUGGGUGUUGUUUGGUGCUGCAGUGGGUUUAUCAGAGCUUGUUUCAUGAAAACAGCUGCUGGAAACAAUGUUGAUGAGAGCAGUGAGACUGGAAAACCAAAACAAUAAAGCUUUAUUUUAUAACUGAAAGACUACAACGAUUGUAGCCUCUUUUCGCUUUAUAGCUGGAAAAAGCUACAGGGCGAAAGCGAGACCUCUGUAGGCUACUUGGUUAACGGCACGAGGCUACAUGGUGCUACCAGUAUAACACACACAAACCUCUGAAUAAAGUGUCACCAGUUGAGUUGCAUUGUGGGCAAUGCAGGUGCCAUUUUUUUGACAAAGAAGAAGAUUGCAUGCAGUAAAAAAAGUCUCUGGUGCUGCUGCAUGAGUUUGCAGGAUGCUGAAAAUGUAAAUUGAGAGAUCCUCAGCCUGAAACACAGCUGAGUCUCAUUUGCGAUGAACGAUAUUUAAUCGCAGCUCGUUAAAAACGUUGUGCGUCAUUAAUCAAUUUGUCUGUUUUACAAAAAAUCUGAGUUUUGUUUCUGAGAUUUAAGGACGGAGGUCCACAGCUCUUCCUCCUGUUCCUCACUGGCUUGGCACACGGUGAACACACAUCAGUUACACAAGACUGAUCAGCCGGAUGAUGAAGUCUGGACCACGGCAACGCAGCCACAUCAGCUGGGUCGCUUAUCCCCAUGGCAACCGUCUCAUCGACCUCUCGUUGCAGGUGUUGGUGGAGACGAUGUCGUCGACGGUCUGACCCCGAAGAGAAGCAACGCUGCAGAUGGAGAAUGGAGACCUAGGUCACAUGGUACGUGCGAGUCAUGUUUUCCGGUCUGAACUGUUCUAUGAAGGUAUAUUUGUGUCUUUUAUUAUGCAAACAAAGAGUGAAGUGCUGCUACAUUUGAGAUCAUUUUAAACAAAUCAGCAAUAUAAUGUCAACUGACCUCCAUGUGGCUCAUCACAGUAACCUCCCGUCAGUGUUUACAGUGGAAGCAGAUACCAAGAGCCAAAUCGAACCCACCAAUAGAAACUCCCGGCUCGUUCAGCAGCGUAUGCCCCGCCCACUACAUCCAAACUCAACUCGUAGGGUUUUGAUUUGCAGCCAAAUGUUCUCGUUUCAUAAGCAAAACUGACAAAUAAUUUAUUCUCCGUUUAUAUAUUUUUACUUACAAACUUGAUUUUUGAUUGCAGUGCGAGAAAUUUGCUCUCAAAACAUUUUUUGUUUGUUUGCGUAAUAAAGACACAAAUAUACCUCCAUACUGUUCCCACUUUCUGGCAGUUCAGCCUUUGGCUAGUUGAACAACGGCUGUGUUCAAAAUCUCAUAUUACUGUUCUACAUACUACAAAUUACAUACUCUAUCAGUAUGUCCUGCGUACUAAAUUAACGAUUAGGUUUUCGCUGCAUCACAUGACCGUAUCGACCGCAACAUUACAGGUUGAAGCUACUGUUCAAUGUAAAUUGGAGCUGUAUUUGAACAUUAAUAUAGUGUUAAGACAUCUGUAAAGAUAUAGCUCUGUCAGCACUUUCACUGUAGUUUGCGCUGUUAGCACUGUUAGCACUGUUAGCUACGAGCCUCUGGUUCGCCGUCGCCAUGUUGAGAGCCGUUGAGAACCAAUUGAAAUGCUCAUAGUCUCGUAUCUUGCACUUUCAAAUAUCACUCAUAUAGUGUCAAUAUACUUUUAACGGUAAAUUAUAUAUUUCCAUCGUUAAAAUGCUCACUGUUCUUUAGAAUGUUAAUAUCAUCACUACCAAUAGAAAUGUACACAUCCCAUGUACAUAGUGAUUGGUCAUGUUUACCGUGCUCAGCUUUGUUGUCCUUGUUUUUAGCUGUUAUGUCUGAGUUAAACUCUUUGUAUCAGCACACACUCACUUGACCAUUAAAGCUGAUUCUGGUGCAUCCUGGCAUGCACAACAUACUCAAUUUGUUUCCCUCCAUUUAGUAUGAAUAGUAUGUCUGUAUGCAAUUUUCUACACAGCCAACGUCUGACAUUUCAGUGAUGAAACAUGCUUUUGUGCAGCUGUAUGUGUGAGUGUCUGAUACUGAGUUAAGUUAUGAUACCGGUGCUCUCUAAACACACACUACACAACUUUCAAGGUUGUCAGAUACUGUUCACACUAAUCAACAUGCUGUCAGCUUGUGAUUUUCACGCUGUGUUACAUGACUCACCAUCAACAGGGGGGGGGUCACACACUUACAAGAUCCUUCAUCUGGAAUCCCUGAUGAGGUCUCAAAACUAGGUUUUGUCACAAAAUCCCACGAGAAAAAAUAACGCGGUCGCAGCGUAGUCGUGCCACGUGUUCACGUAACAGCCUGUUUCUACACAUCAGUACUAUUUUCCCUCUAUAGAUCAGUCACUGUGUUAUCUUUACUCAUGCAAGCAUCCAACACUCUAGGUGCAAUAACAACAACUGUGGUCCAUGUUGCAGCACAUAGCUCACACAGGUAGGCUUCAGGUGAGGUGACCCCUCCACCAGGUUUCCCCUCAACCGGCAGUGCGUUUUCAUUGACUUUAGCUCCCCGACAGAUCCAGAUAUUCACCGCUCUGGUCCGUUGUGACCUAAAUAAACUGAUAGCUACAACUUCGAAUUGUAUUAUGUCAUUAAAAUAUAAACUGCCUUUAAUGUGGAUGGGUCACAUCACGGGCGAGUCCUCACGAUAAGGUCCCAAUAAUUCCAUGUAUCCUUAACCAAUUACAUCAGUUAGAGUCCUAGUUUUGAGAGUGGUUUUAGUCAAGAAAUUAACAGUUUAGAUUUGAAUGUGGUCCACUUUUAAAAAAAACUUGCGGAGAUGUAAAUGUCUGUAAGUAAAACAAACAGGCUGCGUUGUGUGUGAUAUCAGAUUCGGGUGUAUUUUAAAUGUCCAUGUGGGAUAACAAGACUUCUUCAUGCUCUUCUUGGUCAACUAGCCUAAGUUCAAGAGCACACAUUUGUUCUCGGUGUUCUCUGUAUUGUUUUUUACUUGACUGCUGUUCCUGCUCUCUCCAGAUGGGGGAGCUAGUGACUCUGAACGUGGGCGGCUGCCUGUACAGCACGUCUCUGUCCACGCUGCAGCGCUACCCUGAGUCCAUGCUGGGAGCCAUGUUCGGAGGAGACCUCGCGACCGUCAGGGACGCUCGAGGAAACUACUUCAUCGACCGCGACGGCCCGCUGUUUCGCUACAUCCUCAACUUCCUGCGGACGUCUGAGCUGACGCUGCCAUGCGACUUCAAGGAGGCCGAGCUCCUCAGGAAGGAGGCGGACUUCUAUCAGAUUGAGCCCCUGAUUCACUGUCUAGGAGACCCCAAACCCCUGCUGCCCUACCCCACUGAUACCUACGAGGAGGUGGUGGAGCUGUCCAGCACCAGGAAGCUGUCCAAGUACUCCAACCCCGUCGCAGUCAUCAUCACCCAGCUCACCAUCACCACCAAGGUCCAUGCAAUGUUGGAGUCGAUCUCAAGCAGUUUCACAAAGUGGAACAAACACAUGAUGGACACCAGAGACUACCAGGUGUCCUUCACCUUUGGACCAUGUGACCACCAACAGGAAGUCAGCCUGCGUGUCCAUCUGCUGGACUUCAUCUCCAAAGCUGGUUUCACAAUACGGAACACGCGUGUUCACCACAUGAGCGAACGGGCCAAUGAGAACACAGUAGAACAUCACUGGACGUUCUGCAGACGAGUUCACAGAGUGAACGACUGACAGAAGAACAGAUGGUUGGACUUACUGACGUCAUCGCUGUGUCAACAGACACACAUACAGACAAAUAGACAAGAGACUUGUUAGUGGUGGCUUUGUUGUUAUGUGUUCAUAUUUUGUAUGCAUGUGAUGUUUUUUUAAUCAAAGGGAAGUCUUUUUAGGAGGUCAUUUUUUGGAAAGUGAGGUCAUUUUUGACUCGUUAAUAUUUCCCUCAGACCAACGUGAGGUUUUUGGAAGGCUAGCAAAUUAGAAACAUGUGGUACAUUAUGGUGAGAUGUUUUGUUUUUGUUCAACUAUCACAUAUAGCUGCAAUGUUCCGGUAAAAGUAUGGCCACAGUAUGUAUGUAGCUAUAUACUGUAUAUCUAGCAUAUCAUCACAAAUCUGUUGUAUAUCAAUGACUAGGAAAUUAUAUUAUUUCCAAAUAAAACAAUCUGGAUGA